AUGAGUCAACCUGAUUUUCACCAACUAGUAGAUCAAAUAACACAACAAUACGACCAGCUUCUAAAAGAAAACGUUGAGUUGAAAUCAGAGCUCGCUUCUUUAAAAGCUCAACUUUCAGCGCAAAGAUCUGAAACAAAUAAUACACCAAAAAGAUCAGAGAAAAACAAUACAGAGAAUAAAUAUCAACUCACUAGAAAGUCUUCGAAACCAUUUUGGCAGACAAAACUAAAAACAACAGUAGAAUGGCAAAGUUUGCAAGUAGAUUUUUCAGAUUCUAUCACAGCAGCUCAUGUUUCAUCGGAUGGUAUUUAUUCAUUUGGUACUGUAGACUCAAAUAUAUACUUAUAUUGCCCAGAUUCUGCAAUAGUUACAGCAACAGUGGAUGGACUUAAAGGAGCCAUCAAUUCUAUUAAGUCAGAUAGCACUACUGGAAUAUAUGCAUCAUGCUCAGGUGAUGGAAAUAUUCAUAUUUGGAGUCCAAAAUCAACUUCACAAUUUUUCCAAGGAUUUAGAAGGCAAAGCAUGGGCCAAGACGUUAUCCAAUGCAAUACAAUUCUACAAAAGCAUACAGCUCCCGCCACUGAUAUAACAUGGCUCGGAGAUACCGGAUUACUUGUUAGUGGCUCAUGGGAUAAGCAAGUUUGCGUUUGGGAUGUUGUUCACUCCUCGUGUAUCAAGUCUGAUGACCUUAGACAUCAAAUAAAUACACUUGAUUCGUAUCAAACUUAUUAUAUAGCAGGAUUGCAAAAUGGAGAGAUUGCAUACCUAGAUAAGAACUCACAGGAUGCUGAAGCAAUCACUUUCAACCACGGAAAGUCAAUUGUAACAAGAGUCAAAUUUAUUGAUGAUUCUUCCUUCAUCAGUGGUGGAUCUGACUCUAAAAUCAAAGAAUGGGAUAUUAGACAACCACAUCAGCCACUUGUAGAAGUUGAUAUCGACCAAGUUCCAACAAAAUUUGAUGUCAGAGGCUUCGACGUGUUGAUUCCGUCAGAAGUAGGAAGAAUGAGAAUCCUUGACUUGAAUUCGAAGGAUAUUACUCUAAUUGAGAAAUCUCCAUUCUCUUAUAGCAUUUCCGAAGUCGUUUACCUUGACGAUAACUUCUUCCUUGCAGCAAGUUGGGAUGGACAAGCAGCAACAGGUAAAAUUGCUCAGUAA